UAUGCGUAUUAUGGGUGACAGAGAUAUGAGGCAGCUGCCUCUUGGUGACAGAGACAUGCGCCAACUACCAAUUUUGAGUGGUGACAAAGACAUUAGACAAUCUGCUGCUGAUCAGGAUUAUAGGACUUUAGUCAAUAAUCGGCCAUUUGACCCAAGGUUUAGAAACAUGCAAGGUUCAGAUAGUGCUGGCAGUCGAGGUUCUUCAUUUGACAGAAUGAGAACUGGGGCCAAUUCUGACCCAAGAACUGCUUUCGAGGGACGUGUGGCUGCUGCUGCUCGAGUAGAAGAUCCCCGCAAGGCUCUGAGUGCUGCAAGCGUGAAUUCUAGGGCAGGCAUAGUCAGUGCUUCACCUGCUUCAACUGUUGGUGUGUCAUCUUCUAGCACCACCCAACCUGUACACCACUCUGUUGCUGCCCCUGCACCUGCAUCUUCUGCAUUAGCUCCGCAAGAUCAAGAGAAGGCUGCUUUAAUAAUGCAAGUUUUGCAGUUGUCAGAUCAGCAGAUUGCAAUGUUGCCUCCCGAACAGCGUCAGAGUAUAUUGGUUCUGAAAGAACAAAUAGCUCGAAGUCAAAUUUCCUAAGGACUGAAUAUUAAUUGUAUUUUAUUUAAUGUGCAAUUUACAUUUCAUAAAUAUUUUUUAAAUGGAA